AUGCUGAAAACUCUAAAAAUAAUUAAUCGGAGUUUGAACAAUUCUAAGCUGUCUUCGUUCUUGACACUAAAACGUACUGUCUACCGAUCCGUCUAUGAUCAUAGUGAUAAAAUAGCUGUCAUUGAUGAUAAUGGCAGAUAUUCAUAUAAAAAUUUGAUUUCUGCUAGUUUUCAGCUAAGUAAUAAACUAUUAAAAAGCAUUCCAUCCGGAAAACUAAAAGGUGAACGAAUUGCAUUCCUCUGUAAUCAAGACGUCUCAUAUGUCCUUGCUCAAUGGUCGUGUUGGUUAAAUCAUAGUGUAUGUGUGCCAUUGUGUAAAGAUCAUCCAGCUAAGGUAUUAGAAUAUUACAUCAAAGAUUCAAAAGCAUCCAUAUUAAUAUCAACCAGCAAUUUUGAAAAUGUUCUAAAGCCAUUAGCCGAAAAAUUUAAAAUACCACUAAUAGUACUAAACAAAGAUGAUUUGAAAAUGAAAAACGAUAAAAUAGAAAAAGAUUUAGACAUAUUUUCAAACAGUAAGGAAGACGCAUUAAUCUUGUACACAUCAGGUACAACAGGUCCGCCAAAAGGCGUCGUUCAUACCGUGAGUUCGUUAAAAGCACAAAUGGAUGCAAUGAUUGAAUCCUGGAGAUGGGAAACGAAAGAUACCUUGUUAAAUGUGUUGCCAUUACAUCAUGUUCAUGGUAUUGUGAAUUGUGUAAUGACACCCCUCUAUAACGGAAGUACAUUAGUUAUGGACCAAAAAUUUGACGCAGCAACAACAUGGAAUCAUCUUUUAAAUGACAAAGAUCCUUCCAUCAGUGUUUUCAUGGCUGUUCCAACAAUCUAUGUAAAAUUAAUUGAACAAUAUAAAAAAUCUGGCUGGACAUCGAAGGAUGUUGAACAAAUUCGAAAAAUGAGAUUAUUUGUUUCUGAACAAUUUGGAAUGUCAGAAGCUGGACGAGUGCUGUCAAAUACAAUAGAUGGAAAAAAAUUGCCUGGUCGAGUGGGUUUACCAAUGCCUAAUAUGACAAUUCGUUUGACACAAAAAGAUGACAAUAAUAAUGAAAAAAUUGUUGCUGAAGGAACUUUGGAGAAAGUAAAAAUAUUUGAAAAAGGCGACCACAAAGAUGGAAAUGUAUCUGGUGAAUUGCACGUUAAAGGCGAUAUGGUUGAAUAUGAAAUGGCGAAUAAUACAUUUAAAAUAAUGGGUCGUACUUCGGUCGAUAUUAUCAAGAGCGGUGGGUACAAAAUAAGCGCGCUGGACAUUGAAGCUGUUCUGUUACAUCACCCAUCGAUUAGUGAAUGCGUUGUUCUUGGUGUGCCUGAUGCACAGUGGGGCGAAAAAGUAACGGCUAUUAUUGUUCUAAAUCAAAAUGCUGAAAAAUUAAGUUUGGAUCAAAUUCGAGAAUAUUGUAAGAAAAAACUACCGGCUUACAGCUGUCCAACAAACUUAAAAAUUGUCGAUGCUUUCGAACGAAAUGCGGUGGGAAAAAUAAAUAAAAAAGAAUUAAGACAAAAAUUAUUUCCAACAUCAAAAUAG